GCCUCGGCCAAUAGCGGGAGGCGGCCGGGUCAGGCCGGUGGCCCUGCGGUCCGCGCGGUGGUCCGCGAGCCAGUUGGCGCUGAGGGAGUGGCCGUCCUCCCGCCCUAGCGCGCAGCCCUCUCAGCCCCCCGGGCCCGCCCGUCGGCUGGGCUGCGCAGCGUCGCGCCAUGCCAGGCUCUGCUCGGCCCUAGUGCCCGGGCCGCCGCCGCCCGCCCGAAGCCGCGCCCACUGUCCAGAGCCAGAGGGAUGGUGGUAGUCACGGGGCGGGAGCCAGACAGCCGUCGCCCAGACGGUGCCAUGUCCAGCUCCGACGCUGAAGACGACUUUCUGGAGCCGGCCACCCCGACGGCCACGCAGGCAGGGCACGCGCUGCCCCUGCUGCCCCAGGAGUUUCCCGAGGUUGUCCCCCUUAACAUUGGAGGGGCUCACUUCACCACACGCCUGUCUACCCUGCGGCGCUAUGAAGACACCAUGCUGGCCGCCAUGUUCAGCGGGCGGCAUUACAUCCCCACCGACGCCGAGGGCCGGUACUUCAUCGACCGGGACGGCACCCACUUUGGAGAUGUGCUGAAUUUCCUGCGCUCAGGGGACCUGCCUCCCCGCGAGCGUGUACGGGCUGUGUACAAAGAGGCCCAGUACUACGCCAUCGGGCCCCUCCUGGAGCAGCUAGAAAACAUGCAGCCUCUGAAGGGGGAGAAAGUGCGCCAGGCAUUUCUGGGACUCAUGCCCUAUUACAAAGACCAUUUGGAGCGGAUUGUGGAGAUCGCCCGGCUGCGUGCGGUACAGCGGAAGGCCCGCUUUGCCAAGCUCAAGGUCUGUGUCUUCAAGGAGGAGAUGCCCAUCACCCCCUACGAGUGUCCGCUUCUCAAUUCCCUGCGCUUCGAGCGGAGCGAGAGCGACGGGCAGCUCUUUGAGCACCACUGCGAAGUGGAUGUGUCCUUUGGGCCCUGGGAGGCUGUGGCUGAUGUUUAUGACCUACUGCACUGCCUGGUCACGGACCUGUCAGCCCAGGGCCUCAUCGUGGACCACCAGUGCAUCGGGGUGUGCGACAAGCACCUCAUCAACCACUACUACUGCAAGCGCCCCAUCUAUGAGUUCAAGAUCACGUGGUGGGGGAGAGAAAUGGCUUUAAGCUUAUGUGAGCCUCAGUGGUUAAGACCCUUCCUUGAGGAAAAUGGACGUGAGUUGCCCUUCCUCCGAAAACAGAGUUUGACACCUUCCUGGAUAAUGAGUGUCCUCAUCAAGAUGUCCCUUGGAGUCACUUCAUGGAUUAACCCAGAAAGGUUACAGAAAAGAUGGUGUUGGCAGUGCAGGGCUCUGCUUCUCAAGUGCAGCCCCUACUCUACCCUAUUCCUUGGUGUGGCCUACAGAGCCAAGUGCUACAACUACCUGCAACCUCGAGCAGAAGAGGAAAGGAGGUUAGCAGCUAAGGAGAAAAAGAAGCAGGGUAAAUGGAAACAUAUUGAGAGAGAACUGGCAGAAGCCCAAGACAACAGCAUACGAAAGUGAGCCUGCUUUUCUCUGGAAUGGUAUGGAUGAAUAAAGUUCUCUGUGUUGUGUGAUGCUCCAAAAAAACAACAAAACAAACAAACAAAAAAAAAACCCCACAAAACUGUGUAAAUUACAUCAAAAUAUAAAGCUUCUGCCCAGCGAAGGACACAAUCAACAACAGUUGCCUUUUAAGUCAACCUACUGAAUGGGAGAAGAUAUUUGCAAAUGACAUAUCCAAUAAAGGGUUAGUAUCCAAAAUAUAUAAAGAACUUAUACAAAUCAACACCCAAAAACUAAUCCCAAAAAACAAAAAAUGAGCAGACAUUUCUCCAAAGAAGACAUCCAAAUGGCCAACAGACAUGAAAAGAUGCUCAAUACCACUUUAUACUAUUACUAUACUCAUUAUUAUAUUGUAAGAAUACCAUGUAUGACACACAUAACAUACAAAAUAUGUAUUAACACCUAUUUAUGUUAUCAGUAAGGCUUCCAGUCAACAAUAAACUUUUAGUCAUCUGGUUUCUGGGGAGUUAAAAGUUACAUGAGGAUUUUCAACAGUAGGUCAAUACCCCUAACCCUCACAUUGUUCAAGAGCCAACUAUAAUGGGUUAUAACCCACUGAAUAAAAUAAGAAUCCAUGAAUUUAUGUUGACAGAAAUAAAUAAUUACACAAAGGAGAGUUUGGGGUGGCUAUAUUAUUAGAUUUUACAUUAGAAAAAGCAUUAUAAGAGACAAGAAGGACUUCAUAUACAGAAAAAGAUUAAAUCCAACAAGAUGACAUAACAAUUAUAAGCAUAUGUACAUCUAACAUCAGAGCACAUAUGAAACAAAACAAGAAGAGAAUUAAGGGAGAAAUUGACAAUUCUACAAUAAUAGUUGGGAGACUUCAAUAUUUCACUUUUAAUAAUGAGUAGAACAACCAGAGAAAAGAUCAAGAAGGAAAGAGAGUCCUUGAACGACAGUAUAACCCAGGUAUACCUAAUGGACAUAUAUAGAACUCUUUACCUGACAGUAAUGGAACACACAUUCUUCUCAAAUGCAUAUAGAACACUGUCCAGAGUAGAACAUGUUUUAGGCCAGAAAACAAGUCUUUUUUUUAAUUAAAAAUUUUCAGCUUUAUUGAGAUAUAAUCAACAUAUAACAUUGUGUAAGUUGAAGGUAUACAACAUGUUGAUUUGAUAUGCUUAUAUACUGCAAACGUUUCCAUCAGUAGCAUUAGCUAACCUGUAUCGUAUCACAUCACAUAAUCACCAUAGAAAACAAGUUUUAAUAAAUUUUGAAAAAUCAUACAAAAUAUCUUUUCUAAUUACUGUGGAACAAAACUAGAAAUCAGUAGCAGAAGGAAAACUCACGAAAAUGUGAAUUUUUUUAAAAAAAAUGCUCUUAAAUAACCAAUGGUCAAAGAAGGAAUCAUAAAGGAAAUUAAAAAAUAUUUUGAGACAAAUGAAAAUGAAAGCACAACAUACAUAACCUAGAGAAUGUACUGAAAGCAGUGCUGAAGUGAAAUUUAUACCUGCAAACGUGUACAUUAAAAAAAUCUCAAAUCAACAACCUAACUAUAUACCUUAAAAAAAAUUUUUUUUAAAGUAGGCUCCACACCCAAGCAUGGGGCUAGAACUCAUGACACUGAGAUCAAGAGUCCAUGCUCUACCAACUGAGCCAGCCGGGAGCCCCUAUACACCUUAAAGGAACUAGAAAAAGAACCACAAACUGAGCCAACGUUAGCAGAAAGUAGGAAAUAAAAAUUAGAGUAGAGAUAAGUGAAAUAAUGAAUAGGAUAAAAAGAGAAUAUAGAAAACAAACCCAAAAUUUGUUUGUUUUUUUUUUAAAUCAGCAAAAUUGGGGUGC